AUCUCCCAAUUGUAUUAUUCUCGCGAGAGUUCACACAAGGUGACCCAAGAUGGCGGACAGGUGGUGCCACGGAUCGAUCUCGGACUGACAAAAUUGCUAGGACGUCGCGGCCCGCAGCGUAACCAUGCAGCCACCGCCGAGAAAGGUUAAGAUUAGCCAGCAGUUGAAGACAGUACACUCUGAACACAUCUCCAAACUACAGGCCAAACACGAGACAGAGUGUAACCUUCUUGAAGACAUAAGGACAUUUGGAAGCAAGUUGUCAGCUCUAGAGAAAGACUAUGGCCAAGCCCUGGAGAAGCUGGUAAAACAGUUCCAGAAGAGGGAGUAUCCAGCAGACGAUGAACUCAAACCACCAAACCACAGUGACCAAGUUCGAAGUGUGUAUGUGGUAUGGGCAGCUCUUAUAGAGCAGGCCGACACGCUGGCCAAGGCCAGACUUGCCACAGCGGAGGCACUACGGACUGGGAUAGUCGAACCUGCCAAGACUCUGAAGUCAUCCAAAGACCUGCAGCUGAAAAAAUGCACGGAACAGCUGAACCUCUUACACCAGGAGGUCACCUUGACUGUGAAGGAGAUGAACAAGCUGAAGAAGACGUACUUCGAGGUGGAGCACGUCGCUCAUGACGCUAGAGAGAAGGCUAAGGACGCUGAGAGCAAGAUGAAAAGAAAUGCAACCAGUAUAUUCCAGUCCAAAGCAACUCUACAAAAAAAUAGUGCCAAGCUCUCAGCGAGGAAGGAUACGUGCGACAGUAAGUCUGCUGCGGCCAGGAACGACUACCUGAUGUCGCUGGCUGCUGCCAACGCACACCAGAAACGCUACUUCCAGACAGACCUGCCAGAGAUCAUAGAGGAUUGUGAUGGAGACAUCUAUGACAACAUGAAGGAGUUCCUUGUGCUCUUGAAUAAGACUCAGGUGGAGCUCAACACACAGGCAGCACGCAGCUUCCGGGACGUCCUCAGCCAGGCAGAGCUAAUCAGCAGACAGUUCAACCAGCAAUGCUUCUUCCAUUCCAACCCCGUUUUCUCUGACAACAUCCACUAUGACUUUGACCCCUGUGAUAAUGACAGGGUCAGCACCCUCCAGGAGUCUGCAAUGGGGGAACAGUCUCUGGACAAGGAGGCCAGGAAGUGGGCCAACAAGAUCGCCCGCGAGCAGAAAAACAUUCGCGACCACCAGAAGUCCCAGCGAGACCUGCACAACCAGAUGAGCACGUACAAGGAGAACCCCGACAGCCUGGCAGAGUUCAGUCCUGUCGAGGCUGAGCAAAAGAUAGAAGAGGCAAAACAGGGAGCUAGAAAAGCAGAGACAUCACUCGCAAAAGCGGAAGCCAGGCUUGAGCAGCUGAGAGCAGCAGGGGUGAAUGUGGACCAGUGGUUGAGCCAGACCACCUCCUCAUUACUGUCACCUCCUGAUGGGGAGGGGCGGCUCAGCAGAACAAGUUCCCGACUUUCGCUCAACUCCGAGCACUCACAUGGAGAAGAUGAGAAAAACCUCCUCUCACCCAAUAGUUUAGGUGGGGCAAGUCCCAAUCCUUCCAGUCAGGGUUCCAACUACGACGACUGGGAAGAGACAUUUGACCACAGUGCAGCGGCCUCCUCCACCAGUGACUGGCCGGGCGGCUCCACCACGUCAGCUGAUCACUCCAGCAGUACCACCUCGGCCGGGAACAUGGAGAUCGGACCCGUGUCUCCGAAUGAUGAUGUGUUCCUCGAGGGCAGCCAGGACAGGGGAGACUUUGGACAGCAGACGGGAGAGUCCACUCCUGUUAAGGUCUCCAUGUCUUCUAGCAAGGAGGACGAUGCAGGGUUUGGCGACCACACUGACGAAUGGGACGACACGUUUGACAGCACCGCCGUGUUUAACGGAGCCGACGCUGUUAGCUCUAGUGCCUCCAUGCAGUCUCGGCAGUACCCAAUCACCUGCACCGUUCUGUACCCAUAUGAGGGCCAGAAGUCAGAUGAGUUGACCAUUGCAGAGGGUGACCUUGUAGAGGCCAUAGAUGAUGGAGACAUUGAGGGAUGGGUGAUGGGGCGUAACCAGAGAGGGGAGGUUGGGUAUGUUCCAGAGAACUACCUACAGUGGGACACCAGCAGUGUGGACAGGAGAGACUCAUCUGACUCCCCCUCACAUGUCACCACCUCUCUAUCUUCAUCUGAUGUGCAAUAUGAGCAGCUGGAGACGGCCCAGACGGUGGGAUCGCCCCAGCAUGUGUCGGGGUCCUACACAUCCUCCAUGUCCAGUACUGACUGGGAGGUACAGCAGGCACUGGGGACCACUGAGACAUCUCCCCCAUUCCAACAGCAAGGAUUGUCCCUGGUCCGAGCGCUGUACGACUUUGACGCCAGUAACCCAGAGGAGCUGACCUUCCCGGAGGGUGCGGUCAUCAACGUGACGAGUAAGGACGCCAACGGGGUGGAUGAUGGCUGGUGGAAGGGCGAGUAUAACGGCACGGUCGGCGUCUUCCCUUCGCUGGUCGUCGAGGACUUGGAUGAGAGUGAAGCAGCAUUUUAUGACAAGACCCCGACCACACCCAACCUCCCCAUGCCCGGAGUGCUGCCCCCCUCCCUCCCGCCGGGCUUCCUGACUAAUGGGAACAACAGUAACAGUAACGGCACCCUGGGGCCAGUUCCUGAGCUCAACAUCGAGUCUCCGCAGUCCCCAGAUAACCAGUUCAGACCGUCAUCUGCAAAUUUCCUAGGGACUGGUACCAGUCUAGAUGUAGAUGCCAGCCAACCGUCCGCACACUCUGCACCAGGUAGUCCCUCCGGCAACAGGAGACCGGAUGAGGAGGAAACUAAGGAGGGAGAAAAAAAUGAAAGUAAAGAUGGUGAGGAAGUAAGAGAUGGUGAGGAAGCUAAAGAUGGUGAUGAAAGUGGAAGUAAAGGUGAUGAGGAAGCUAAAGGUGAAACUAAAGAUGGUGAAGGUGAUAAAGGUGAUGGGGAGGAGCCGAGAUGUGCACCCCCUCCCCCCUCGGGACAGGAAGCUGAAUUGUCUCCUACGGAGGCGCGGCCAGCUUUCGACGUAAAUGAUGUUGAGUUAGAGGUGUCGACUGUGUGAUCCGUAACAACAACUAUCCCGACACAGCAAGUCCAAGGCUACGUUCUACUUAGAGGUGCUUCAAAGAAAGUCACAAAUGUAACAUUAAAGGGAAAAGUUGACAAUGUACACUACGUAAACAGCCACAUACAGGAAUGUAAAGGAAAUUAAGGCUAUGGCACUUUCUACUCUCUACUCCAGUUUGUACAUGUAGUAAGUUAUUAACUGUUAAGUAAACUACUGAGAGAGUAGUUAGUCCAUAGCAUAGAAAUUUCUUUGGUCAUUUGUGUACAUGUAUAUUGAUUCAGUAAGUAUAGAUGUUGUGUUUAUUCAUUCUGAUCUGAUGUUGUAUUGCUCUGAUCACUAUUUUGCUUAUUGUUAUAAGCCAAAGAUAACAUAUAAUAUGUAGAGCUGCUUAUUUUUGUACUUAAGUUUGUAGUUUCCUAUCAACUUGCUUUCAUUUCUGGCAAGAUAUGUGGAUAAAUUUUGCUGAUGUUUAUAUGUAGACUGCUAUGUAUAAUUAUCGUACUAUAUGAUAUAAUAUGAUAUAAUAUAUGAUUAUUUUGAACAUGUUGUCAAGCAUAGGUUUUGUUUUUUGUUUCAUUGUGUUUUGAAUCAUAUUGUCGACAACCAGACAAGGUAGGUUAUAACCAUACGGAGUAAGUAGCAAACAUUCUUCUGACAAUGUUAUGUGAUCCCAGGUUUUGGAAUAUCAGAAGUUCUGGUAUGAACAUUUUGUUACUGCCUUGAUUGAAGUUUAAGUCCACAUAGCAAGAAAUGUAAUUUUUAUUUCAAAAAGAAUAUUUCUCAGUAUGUUUUGGUCAUGUUGCCCAGCUUUUGCUGGACACAGUGACAUAGCCAAAUAUGGACCUGUGUCGGGUACAAUGUGGCUUAUUAUAGCCUCACUAUAGGUUUAUUGCUGUAUACAUAUAAGUCCUGAUGGACGCACCUGUAAGUAAUAUAGCAAAUUAUGGUAGCAAAUAAUACCACCAGCUGCAUAUGUGGGUUUGUGCAGCUAAAUUAGUCCUGCAGGUGUUUCCGAUGUUUACAUGCACCGAACCUGCAUAUUAUAGUGAAUUGUUGAAGUCAUGUGGAGUUUGGUGAAUAUGCUACAUAUCACAUAAGUCAGGGUAGGGUGGGAAAAGUGUAGCAGUUUCCAUGGAGGUAGUUACCGUGGUCUGCUGUCCAGUCAUGUCUGAUACAGCACAGGGUCGGGAGGUUUGGAGAGACGAGAACAUGGCAUGACUAAUGUACAACCAGAUGUAUGGCUCCAGCUUGUCCCCUCCUCCCUAUAAAGAAACAUGUACGAACAUACAAGCCAAAGCCAUACAUCUGCUUGGAGAUUAGUAACUCCGUACUUAAGACUGUAAAAGACACAAAUCUGCAGGAUGGAUGUGAAACAACAGGUCAACUUUAUGCAACUCUACUUAAUCCGUACAGGGUGUAAACAACGUACUUACUUGCAAAAGUUCCAUGGUGCACAUAAACCGGCAAAGGAACAAAAUCAAGCCAGGUUAAGAUACAGUUUUAGAUUAGAUGUGGCAUUAUGUCCGUACUGUAAGGUAAUGAUUCCAAACUUGUCUGUAACUGUACCUACUAAUCAAGCAAGUGUAGGGAAUAGUUGGACUGCACCAAUUGGCUGAUAGGGCUAUCUAGUGAAUUUUAAACUUAUUCAAACUGACCAAUCAGGUACUAGUAAUAUAAGGAGUUUGGUAUCCAGUCAGUGACUCCUAUAUAACCAUCAUUUUUACAACACUCUACUUAGACCAACUAAGAGGAAAGUGUAUGAUGUGUAUGUAUGGUAAUAUAAUCAAGGUAACCAAAACUAGACUUGUAUUUUACAUGAUUGUGGUAGAUGACUGAUAUUUAUGCAUAUAGAUAGUAAUAUAAAGAUGACAUUAACAUGGUGAAGAUGUUUAUGUGUGCUAAGAAGGUUAAAUUGUAUCGUAGCAUUAGAAGGAUUACCACAUUGUAUUCAUCAUUUAACCCACAACCUGCAGAGUUCUGCUGUAGCCAGUACAAAAAUGGGUGCAUAGAUGGACCAGCAGUAGUGAAAGGGUUAACCAUCCCUCCAAGGUAACAUUUUGGUAGGGCUUUAUCAGUUACAGGGAUUGGGAGCAGGUUAAACAAAGUCGGCCCUAUUGAAUACAUGUUCGGCACUCAUAAAGAAGUGUAUGGUCAUGCACACUGGUGACUGGACAUAUAGAACUGUGAGAACUAUUCGUACAUUCAAAGUACACCAUAUUAAUAACUAUCUACAUGUUCCUAUUAGCAAAUCAUGUACUUCUGAGCCAGCACAGCGUUGCCAUAUAUCCAGCUGUAUACUCUAAAAGUAAUCAUGGUGAUCAUUACAGAUGAUGUAGACAAUGAGAUGUAUAUCAUUGUAACUGUAUUUAGUGUCACUAUCCCUAUGCAAGUGUGAGUCCCAGUAGUCGUAGUUGACACUCUUUCUGUAGUCGGUAAUACAGCAAAGUAUGGAGUAGUACCCUAGAAAUGUACAUGUAUCACAGUAUGUAGUCUUAACCAGCAUCCUUCAGUGACUUCAGAAAUACAAGAUAUUGACUAAACGGGUGAAUCUAUUUACCAGAGGUGUAGUGAAAGCUGGUCAGAGAAAGCCCAAUUGGCUUGGUCCAUAAGCAUUCAGCUGGAUUUUCACUGUGAAGCUAACACCUCUGAUAAACUGUUUUGGUCUGUUUGUGCUGUGAUAUUUCUGUCACUAAAGGGAUCUGGUGGAAACCAUUAGUCAAAUAUUAUCUAACGAUUGUAUGUACAUGUACAUGUAUGUGUGUUGAAGGAAACAGGUAAAACAGGCUAGAUAAAACUGUAGAGGUGUACAGAGAGCUAUGAUAUGAUAUGAUAUUGUAUGUUGUGCAUGUGAUGAGAUGACUGUAGAUAGAUAUGAGACAUGUAUAUGGCAGAGCAAGUAUUAUUGUACAGAGAGCAAUAUUGCCGGUGGAGUGUGAUGAACGUGAAAUAUAUCGUCACAUCAACAAA